CCGAGACAGUACGUCCUGUGCGCCCUUUACUUUCCUGGGGUGAAGUAGGUAGUUUUCAAUUACCUACAGGCGAAAACAAGUUCUGUCAGGUUGGCCGAAUACGAUACAGAUCUGCGUCGUUGUCACCGUUGAUGUCGCAGGGGUCAAAUGGGCUCCAAGAAGAGCAAUGAUGAUGUUGAACAGCGCUAGCAUCUGCAGCCACUUGACUCUUUCUUUCUGAGUGGGUUGGAGGGUGGUUGGAACCAUGCGUUGCUUGGCUGCUCGAGUCAACUAUAAGACCCUCAUUGUCAUCUGUGCCCUUUUCACACUCAUCACUGUGUUGCUGUGGAAUCGCUGCUCAAGUAACACCUCGCUGCGUUUUUUGCCUCAAGCUGCUUUGGUGGCACCAAGUCCCAAGGAGGGGGAUGCUAGCUUUAGCAGCCCACAGCACCCUCCACAACCUCCAGAACCUCCACCUGUUGUUGGUGGAAACAAGUAUGAGGAAAUUGACUGCCUGAUUAAUGAUGAAUUUGCAGUCAAAGGUAGACGUGAGGGUGGAGAGAUUUAUAUGCCCUUUAGUUGGAUGGAAAAAUAUUUUGAGGUGUAUGGAAAAGUGGUGCAGUAUGAUGGCUACGAUCGCUUUGAGUUUCAGCAUAGUUACUCAAAGGUUUACGCACAACGGGAGCCCUAUAACCCAAAUGGAGUCUUUAUGUCAUUUGAGGGCUACAAUGUGGAAGUCCGUGACCGAGUUAAGUGCAUCAGUGGAGUGGAAGGUGUGCCCCUCUCCACUCAGUGGGGUCCUCAGGGCUACUUCUAUGCCAUCCAGAUUGCCCAGUAUGGUUUGAGUCAUUACAGCAAAAACUUGACUGAGCGGUCACCCCACCUGGUGGUCUAUGAUACAGCCGAGGAGAGAGAUAGCCGAGCCAGCCCAGCAACAUGGAGUGUGCCAAAGGGCUGCAGUCUCAGCCGUGUUCAGGACAAGAGCCGUGCUUCCUCAGUUCGCCAGUUCAGUGCACCAGAUUCUUCAGAGGCACUAUCUCUUCCUCUAGAUAACACCAAAGACUUCAUCCUCAGCUUGGACAUCAAGUUCACCUCCAAUGGCAGCUUGUCUGUCAUCCUCGAAACUACAGAGAAAGGCUCACCCUUCACCAUCCACUAUGUUACCAACACACAACUCAUAGCCUUCAAAGAUCAUGAAAUCACCUAUGGAAUAGGACCACGCACCACUUGGAGCACUCUGACACGUGACCUCCUCACAGACCUAAGGAAAGGUGUUGGUUUAUCUAAUACCAAGGCUGUGAAAGCCACUAAGAUCAUGCCCAAGAGAGUCAUACGAUUACUCUUGCAAGGACGGGGUUUUGUUGACAACAUCACUGUCUCCACUACUGCCCACAUGGCUGCAUUCUUUGCUGCCAGCGACUGGCUCAAGCGCAACCAGGACGAACAUGGCGGCUGGCCCAUCAUGGUCACACGUAAGUUGGGAGAGGGCUUCCGGCCACUGGACCCUGGGUGGUACUCGGCAAUGGCCCAGGGCCAAGCCAUGUCCACCCUUGUGAGAGCCUACCUUCUCACUAAGGACCAGACUUACCUCAAUGCUGCGUUGAAGGGAGUUGGACCCUAUAAGGUUCCAUCAGCACAACACGGGGUCAAGGCUGUAUUUAUGAACAAAUAUGACUGGUAUGAGGAGUAUCCCACCUCACCUAGUUCCUUUGUCCUCAACGGCUUUAUCUAUUCCCUGCUGGGACUCUAUGAUUUGAGCGAGACGGCUGGGGAGAAGCUUGGCAAGGAGGCCGGACAGCUGUUCAGCAGUGGUAUGGAGUCGCUGAAGGCCAUGCUGCCGCUGUUUGACACCGGGUCAGGAAGCAUCUAUGACCUGCGGCAUUUCAUGUUGGGCACCGCGCCAAACUUAGCUCGCUGGGACUAUCACACCACACACAUUAACCAGCUUCAGCUGCUGGCAUCAAUCGAUAACUCUCCCAUCUUCAAGGAUGUUCUGAAGCGCUGGAAAAGCUACUUAAAAGGGAAUCGUGCUAAGCACAACUAGUCACUCUUCAAGAUGCAGUGUGUGAAUUUAGGUUUGACUGAAAAUAUUCUUUUUUUUUUUUUUUUUUAAAUCCCAAUGAUGUUUAAGUAGUCACAGCUUUCAUUAUAAGAACAGGUGUGCUGUGUUACAGUUGUUGUAUUCUCUGCAGCACCAGUUGUAGCAUGCCUUUUUUUGGGAGCUAAGUGUUUGCAAUCAUGCAGACUUUUUUUUUUCAUCUUCAGGAACAAAUUUUAGUAAAUUUAAUAUGGUGAGGUGAUUUCAACAAUCAUUCACAAUUCUACUCAUGCAUUUUUCUACAUUUCACCCUACAUAUUAGUGAAAGGAACCCUAAAUUUAGAAAAUAAUUGUUUGGAAGAUUAAUUUUCAAUAAGUAAUCUUAUCACAUAGUAUGCAGAUUAAUUUCUCAACUACAAUUAAGAUGCUUUUAAUCCCCACUGUUUUUCAGUGAUUAUGGAGGGACCUCAGUUAUCAAAGUGCUCCAACAGAAACAAAGAUGAGACUUUAUCAUGAAAAUGCAACCUCAAUGUAAAUUUUAAGUCUGAAUUAUUACUGGAGUCAACAUACUGUGAUAAGAAGCAUCUGUAAACAAGGUUAUCUGUUUUAGAGUGGGUAUCUUCUCAGUAUAGAUGCUUUUAUAGCCCUUUCAUUAAAGCUCACAGAAUUUUUUUUUUCUUUUUAUAUUAUGCCAUCUUGUGAAUGAGCUGUAGAUGGGAGGUAACAUUAAUAUAAACACUGUAGCAUUUGCCCUCUUGGCUAAAUGGAUGCAAACACUUAUAUACUUGUCAAGAUGUCAUCCAUUCAGCCAUUUUCUCAACUGCUAAUCCUCAGUUAAGCCCAUUUAGUAUGAUUUUGAGUCAGUCUACUAAUUUAUGGGUAGAUUUCAGUCUGUUUUUCUCUUAGAACUUACACUUAAGUUGAUGAAAAGCAGCGUUAAAAAGAAUUCUGAUUGAAGUCGCUGUCAAGAUACAGUGCCCUGCAUAAUUAUUGCCACCCCUGGUUAAGAUGUGUUAAAAGCCUUAAAAUAAAUUCAGUGUUUAUUGCAGAAGAAUACUGUCACAUUGAAAAUUUUAGGAAAAUGUUACCUUCAACUCAAAUGAAUUGUAAGAAAAUUAAAAAAUCCCUGACUAAAAAAUAAUUAUUUUUAAUUAAAUCACCUGUUCCACAAUUAUAGGCACCCUUAACAAUUCCCAGGAAAUAAAUGUAAUUGAAGCAUUUCUGUCAUUUUUACAGGAGUUUACAAAGUUUACCAGCGUAUGUAGGAACAUUUAAUUAGUAAUUCAUCACUUCCUGUUUCCCUGGGGUAUAAAUAUGAUGUGACACAGAGCCCAUUUCUCUUAUCCACUCUUAAAUAUGGGAAAGACAAAGGAACACUGCAUACAAGUGAGGCAGAUGUGCGUCGACCUUCACAGGUCAGGCAGAGGCUACAAGAAGAUUGCCACUCAACUGCAGCUGCCCAUAUCCAAUGUGUGAGGCAUAAUUAAGAAAUUCAAAACAACUGGAACAGUGGUAAACAAGCCUGGACGAGGACCCAAAUUUAUUUUGCCACCACGCACAGUGAGGAGGAUGGCAAGAGAAAUCAAAAGAUCUCCAAAGCUCACUGUUACAGAAUUACAACAAAUGAUAGCAUCCUGGGGUCACAAAGGCUCCAAAUCAACCAUCAGGUGCUGUCUACACGCCAACAAGCUUUUUGGGAGGCAUGCACGGAGAAAACCUUUUGUCUCUCAAAUCAUAAACGCAAACAUCUGGAGUUCGACAAGGGGUAUUGGGGGUUCAACUGGGACUGUGUGCUUUGGUCAGAUGAGACCAAGAUUGAGCUUUUUGGCAACAAACACUAAGUGGGUCUGGCGUGCCACAAAAGAUGCGCAUGCUGAAAAGCACCUCAUACCCACUGUGAAGUAUGGGGGUGGGUCAGUGAUGGUGUGGGGCUGUUUCGCUUCCAAAGGCCCUGGGAACCAUGUUAGGGUGCAUGGCAUCAUGAAUGCUUUGAAAUACCAGGACAUUUUAAAUCUAAAUAUGUUGCCCUCUGCCCGAAAGCUGAAGAUGGGUCGUCACUGGGUCUUUCAGCAAGACAAGGACCCUUAACAUAUGUCCAAAUCUCCACAGAAAUGGUUCACCAGACACAAAAUCAAGUUCCUCCCAUGGCCAUCUCAGUCCCCAGACCUCAACCCCAUUGAAAACCUCUGGGGUGAGCUGAAGAGGAGAGUGCAGAGGAGAGGACCAAGGUCUCUGGAUGAUUUAGAGAGAUUCUGCAAAGAGGAAUGGCUGAAGAUCCCUCUUUCUGUCUUUUCCCAUCUUGUGAAACAUUAUAGGAGAAGAUUAGGUGCUGUUUUGUUGGCAAAAGGGGGUUGUACAAAGUAUUAACACCAGGGGUGUGACACACAUUAUUUGAUGUCAAAUAAUUAUUUCUUUAUGUGGGAUUUUUUUCCCCACUGAAUAAAUGCACUUGUAUUGAAGGUUGCAUUUUUCAGUUUUUUUCCAUUAAGGUCCCAUAUUAUUUAGAAAAAAACCCAUUAGAACCUAAAAAACACAUCUUAACCAGGGGUGCCAAUAAUCAUGGAGGGCACUGUAAAUUACGUGGUAAUUAGACUACAACUUUGCACAGCUUUUUCUAUGAAAGGGUUUUAGUGUCAUUCCAAUUUACAUGUGGAUGCUACGGUUCUUAUGUCAUUGCAACUCAUCAUUCAAAUUUGUGAAUUAACCAGACAAGUGUAGUUGGGGCAAACAGUUUUUAAUUAUGUUAUAUAUAUAUAGUCGGCUCCAAAUGUAUUAGAAUGGCACAGUGCAUCCCUCUGUUUUUUUGUAUAAUGAAGACAUUUCGAUUUUAGAUCAAACGAUGAAUAUGAGACAAAAGUCCACCUUUUAUUUAAUUGAAUUUACAUCUCGAUGUGUUAAACAACUCAGGAUGGAGCACCUUUUGCUUGAACCCACCCCAGGACACCGUACGCUUUGUUUGAACCCACCCACUUUUCAAGUGAGCAAAAUUAUUAGAUAAUGGAGUCACAGAUGUGCAAUAUGUAAAGUCUUUUUCUUUUAGAACAGGUAAGAGAUAAGAGUGUGUCAACGACCUAUAUUGUGUUAAGCUUGUACAGUGUGCCUUUACCCGUUCACAGUUCCCGUUAUAGACCAGUGCAAUGACAAUUGUACAAAGGGAGCAGUUUAAAGUGACGAAUCGUGCGAUAGUCUACAAAAUAUAUUACUAAUGCUAAUACUCAUUGGACCAGCAGGAUGUGAGAGUGUGUCCCAACAAUGGCACAAGCCAGAAAAUAGUAUCAAGAAUUUAAUCAUUUUAUUCCCAGAGGGGAAAAAAGGGUUAGGGUUAGUUGUUCAAAUGCCUGCUAGUUUUGACUUGCAUUGAUUGGGAGCACUUUCCCGAUGGAAGGAGCUGGAAGAGCUGGUGGCCAGGAUGUGGAGGGUUCGAAAGGAUCCUGCCCGCUCUGGACCUAGUUCGAGUUGCGUGCAGGUCUUCAAUAGUGGGUAGAGUGGGACCGACAAUCCGUUCAGCAGAUUGAUUGUCCGUUGCAGUCAGAGUUUGUUCUUUUUUGUGGCAGCUCCAAACAAGAUUGUGAUGGAAGUACGCAGUACUGAUUGGAUCUCCGAUGUGUAGAACUGUCUCAGUAGCUCUUGUGACAGCCUAUGCUUCCUCAGAAGCCGCAAGAAGUACAUCCUUUGCUGGGCUUUUUUGAGGAUGGAUUUGAUGUUCAUCUCCCACUUCAGGUUCUGUGAGACCGUAAUUUCCAAGAACUUGAAGGUCUCGACGGUUGACACAAGAUAGUUGGACAGCGUCAAGGGCACCUGUGGUGAAGGGUACCUCCUGAAGUCCACAAUAAUCUCUACAGUCUUUAGUGUUCAACGCCAGGUUGUGUUGACCACACGAAAGCUCCAGUCUCACCACUUCCUGUCGAUACGCAGACUCGUCGCCGUCUUUGAUGAGGCCGAUGACCAUGGUGUUAUCUGCAAACUUCACGAGUUUGACAGUCGGAUGCGUCGAAGUGCAGUCAUUUGUGUCGAGUGAGAAGAGCAGAGGGGAGAGGACACAACCUUGGGGUGCCCCGGUGUUGAUAGUGCACGUCGAUGAGGUGGUGUUCCCCAGCCUCACCUGCUGUGUGCUGGCUGUCAGGAAGUUGUAGAUCCACCAGGAGAUGACAGGCGAGACGCUGAGCUGGAUAAUUUUGGAGGAGAGGAGUUCAGGAAUGAUGGUGUUAAAUGCAGAGCUGAAGUCCACAAACAGAAUCCUCGCUUAGGUACCCGCGCUGUUAAGAUGUUCAAGGUUGAAGUGCAGAACCAUGUUGACGGCAUCAUCCACAGACCUGUUAGCUCUAUAGGCAAACUGCAGUGGGUCCAGCUGGGGACCUGUGAUGCUCUUGGGGUGGUCCAGCACAAGGCGUUCAAAGGACUACAUGACCACAGAUGUCAAGUAAAAACAGGGCUGUAGUCAUUAAGACCUGAGACUGCUGCUUUUUUUAACAUCCCUUUCAGCGACAUUAACUGGUGGAGUAGAAGGUGGUGCGGCGUGGUGUGGAAGUGUCUAUUUCAAAUCUGCAGUAAAAGCUAUUUAGGUUGUCUGCUAACCCGCUUUUGUUUUCUACUGGGAGGAACACCGCUUGUAAUUAGUCAGCAUUUUUAAUCCUUGCCAACCUGAUUUGGUGUCAGUAGCGGCAAGAUUUUUUUCCAGUUUAACUGCAUAGUCUCUUUGCAAUGUUAAUUUCUUUAGUCAGCUGGUUUCUAGUGCAAUUGUAGAGGGCCAUUUUCCUACUACAAUAUACAUUCCCUUCAGCCUGGCUGUAAACCACCACUUGUUGUUAUUAAACGUGUGAAAUGUUUUUGUUUGUACACACACACCUUCUCACAGAAACUGACAUACGCAGUAACAAAAUCCAUGAAUUCAUCAAGGCUGCGUGCUGACUUUUCAAAGACACUCCAGUCUGUGCCGUCAAAGCAGCUUUGAAAUUCUAGUUUUGCCUCGUUGGUCCACUUUCUGAUUUUACCAAAUGCUUUGCACACUUAAGUGCUUGCUUGUAUGUAGGUAUUAAGUAGAGCAAGGAGUGAUCAGAGGAGCCAAUGGGUGCACGGGGAAUUGCACGAUAUGCGUUUUUAGUGGAAGUGUAACAGUGGUUUAGAGUGUUAUUUGCCCUUGUCGGACAUUUUACGUGCUGCUUAUAUUUACGGAGUUCGUGGUUAAGUUUAGCUGUGUUAAAAUCUCCUAGGAAAAUGAGCGGUGAAUCUGGGUGUUUUUUCUCAAUCUCAUUUAUCUGCUCAGCAGCCGUUAGCAGUGUUGCGUUCAUGCUAACUUGAGGUGGAAUUUAAACACCAACUAGGAUGAAAGAUGUGAAUAAAAUGGCUUACAGUUCAAAAGCAGCGACUCUAAAAGCCGACUGCAGUGUGUGCUGAGCUGUGUAACGUCCGUGCACCAUUUCUCGUUGAUAUAAAAGCAUAUUCCACUCCCUUUCAAUUUCCGUGUUAGCUCAGCGACACAGUCCGCACGAUAGAGGUGGAAGCCAGGGAGCGUGAUGGUGGCAUUGGGCGCUCAUCCACAAACCUAAGUCUCCGUGAAGCACAGAGCUGCAGAAUGUCCAAAGUCUUUUCUGGUCUUAAUCAGAAGCUGAAGUUCAUCCAUUUUGUUGGCUCGGGAGCGUACGUUCGAAAGAUGAAUCGUCGGCUGCGUUAGGUGAUAUCCCCUCUUUUGCAGGCGGACUUGUAUACCGGCUCACAUCCCUCCUCGUCGCGAGGCUUUGAAGAGCUCAUCUUUUCCAAUGCUUUUGCUCAUUUAAAAAGUCGCCGGCUUCAAACAAAAGGAGGUCUGUCCCGAGUUAACACAUCUAAAUAUAAAUGCUGUGGGGAAAAAAGAUGAAAUUCUAAACUUUUGUCUCUGCGUCUUUUGAUAUGAAACCCCAGAUGUCUUCAGUAUACAACAAAAAAAGGAAUUUACCUUGCCAUUUCAAUACUUUUGGA